UAUUAUACUAGAUUAUACUAGAUUGCAUUAUGGGUAAUAUUAGUUCUUCCGAAGAGGAUGACGUCAGACCUGCCCCACGACCCCGGCCGAGACCGGAACCGGAAGAGCCAAUACCAGAUGGCGGGCUUGAUUUCCACGAAAAACCGGUUGUGGCGCCACCUCCGCCAGAGGAAAGAACGGACCCUAAUAUCAUUGAAAACUUGGAUCAACCCUUAGAUGACGAUAAAUUCAAGAUGGGAGUGACCACGAACUACGAAGAGUUCCGCGACACGAUACUGAAAAAGAGUCGGGACGAAGGAAAGCAAUAUGUCUUCCGCGACACGAAUUUUCCCGCUGAAAAAGAAUCGCUGUAUUUCAGCCAACGAGGAUCGUCAAAAUGGAAAAGAAUAACUGACUGGAAAAGGCCUUAUGACUUGACAGAGAAUCCUCAUCUUCUCAAAGACGGCAUAACCAGCGAUGACAUCAUACAAGGAUCCCUGGGCAACUGCUGGUGGCUUUCGUCUGUUGCGGCGAUUUCUAGGAAACCUAAGUAUAUGCACAGAGUCGUACCAACUAACCAAGCGAUGACUGGCGACGAUUACGUAGGAAUGUUUCACUUCCGGUUUUGGAGAUUUGGUUCCUGGGUUGAGGUCAUAGUUGACGAUCGUUUACCUGUAAUUCAGAACCGACUGGCGUUUGGCAGGUCAAGUUCAAGAGACGAGUUUUGGUUGUCGUUGCUAGAGAAGGCUUAUGCAAAACUCCAUGGUUCUUACGAGGCGAUUGAAGGCGGAUUUAGUCAAGACGGACUUGAAGACCUAACUGGAGGAAUGGCUGUAUCGUUUGAUUUGGGAGAUAAAACACCUGGACAUUUAUUCAGAAGCUUAGUCAAGGCAUUCCAGAACAACUCAUUUGCAUGCUGCUCCAUCAAAGGCUCCGCCGAGCGUGAGGAUUCCAGAGGGCUUGUCAGCGCUCAUGCCUACACCAUCACAGGAGCGACAAGGAUUCCGUUCCGAGGAAAAAAAGUCAAAUUGGUGAGGAUUCGCAAUCCUUGGGGAAACGAUGUGGAAUGGAACCAAGCCUGGAGUGAUGGGUCUUAUCUAUGGGAUGAGGUGGACCGAGUCACAAAAGACCGGAUCGGAUAUGCAGACAAGGACAAUGGAGAAUGGUGGAUGGAUUUCUACGAUUUCAAAAAGUAUUUCGCUGACUGUACAAUCUGCACGAUGGGACCGGAUUUUGACAGCGAUGGUGCUGCUACCGGAGACAGUUGGUUUUUAUCUAAAAUCAAAGGCAAAUGGAUCAAAGGUUAUUCAGCCGGUGGUUGCAGAAACGAAGUCGACAAGUAUGCCACCAAUCCACAAUAUUAUAUGGAGUUACGGGAACCAGACGAUUUCGAUUCUACGCGAGAUGACCCUGCGAACAAGGGCAAAUGCUCAAUAGUGCUUGGCCUGAUGCAGGAGUACAGAAGAAUUGGGCGGGAAGACGGACUCGAGAAUCUUUACAUUGGGAUCAAUAUAUACAGGCUGAGCGGCAAGCCCGGCCGUCGUCUUCCGACUAACCACUUCCGGUAUAACCGUGACCUCGUGAACUCCGGUUCCUACAUCGAUAAGAGAGAGGUUAGCAUAACCACUGAACUGGAACCGGGUCAUUAUGUUGUCAUACCCUCGACUUUUCACCCAGACAAAGUCUCUACUUUUCUGCUGAGAAUCUUCACAGAGAAGCGAAUCGAUCUGGAAGAAUUACAUUGAGAACAAAAAAGACGCGAAAAAUUUGGAUUUUUGUGAUUCAAUUGCGCCGAAGGGGCGUAGAUUUUGUUAGAUGUUUAUCUCUGACCUACACAGCUUCAAGCGACCAAAAAACCUCGAAAUUUAAUUUGUUUUUUUAAGGCAAUUGAAAUGAAUGGUCGAAAUAUUUGGAAUGAAUUACUUUCA